AUGGAUCUAUUGAUGAUGGAAAAACAUGUAAAACUGUUGGUCAACAGGUUGUUUUUAGCUGGACAAGGUAUACUUGCUGAUGAAGAAGGUCUAACAUCAAGAACACACUCUUCAUCAGCAAGAACACGACAUACAUCGGAUCUUCUUCAUUCAUCAACACACCAGUCAACAAAGUCUUAUACUGCGGUUUAUACGACUUCUCUUCUUUCUUAUCUGCAUUCAACGACAACGUGCAUGUUUUUGUUAGUGGCAACUACAUAUAUCACAGAUUCUGUGAAAUCUUCCCACAUCACUCUCUCACAACUUCAUGCAACUCUAUUUUUGAAACACAAGACUAUUACGAAUACCAAAAACCGAUUGUUCAAAACGUUAAAAACCGAAACAUUGUUUCAUUCUAUAUUAUCUCUGAUCUUGGAUUAUGGUAAAACUUAUUAA